AUGUCGAAAAUGCUGGUGAAGUGCGAAACCAAAAGCAGCCGGGUCAAGGGGCUGGCUUUCCACCCCUCUCUCCAGUGGAUCCUCGCGGCCCUGCACAACGGAACAAUUCAACUUUGGGACUACCGAAUUGGAUCUCUCAUCGACAAAUUCGAGGAGCAUGAAGGCCCCGUUCGCGGCAUUGACUUUCACUCGUCUCAGCCUCUCUUCGUCAGUGGAGGCGACGACUACAAAGUGAAGCUCUGGUCGCUGACCACGAGGAAGUGCAUCUUCACGUUUCUGGGGCACCUGGACUAUCUGCGGACGGUGUUCUUCCACCACAUCUAUCCGUGGAUUCUCUCCGCGAGUGAUGACCAGACAGUCCGCAUCUGGAACUGGCAGUCUCGCCAGUGCAUCGCGGUGCUGACGGGGCAUAACCACUACGUGAUGAGUGCGUUGUUCCACCCCUACGAGGACUUGGUGGUCUCCGCCUCGCUCGACCAGACGAUUCGCGUCUGGGACACGUCCGGUCUGCGCGAGAAGACAGGGGGUGCCGGCGGCGCGCACGCCUUCGGGCGCAGCGGCAGCACCGCCGCGGGCGUCCCCGGUGCGAGGAGACACCAUCCCUCGGAGAUGUUUACCGCGAACGACGCCGUCUGCAAGUUCGUCCUCGAGGGACACGAGCGAGGCGUCAACUGGGCUGCCUUCCACCCCUCUAUGCCGCUGAUCGCCUCGGCGGCCGACGACCGCACCAUCAAGCUCUGGAGGUACAACGACGCAAAGGCGUGGGAAGUGGACACCCUCCGAGGGCACUUCAACAACGUCUCGUGUCUGGUUUUCCAUCCGCAGCGCGAGUUGCUGAUCAGCAACUCCGAGGACAGGACGAUUCGCGUGUGGGACGUGAGCAAGCGAGUCGGGGUCCACACCUUUCGCCGCGAGAGCGACCGCUUCUGGAUCAUCGCGGCGCACCGGACCUGCAGUGCGUUGGCCGUCGGCCACGACUCGGGCAUGGUUGUCUUCAAACUGCACACCGAGCGGCCGCCGAGCGCGCUGCACUCGCCCUUCCUGUUCUACUUCGUCCGCGACCGCAUGGUCUGCUUCCGCGACUUGCUGCUCACGCGCCAGCUCACGCACAAAAGUGCGCAGGCCGCUCAGGGCGAAGCGGCCGCCGCGAACGCGACGGCCGCCGCCGAAGUCUCCAUCUGCGAAGUCCGCAGACCCACCAACGCCAUGAGCGCCGGUCCCAAGUGCCUGCUAGUCAACCCGCUCAACACCACCGAACUGAACGCCCUCGUCAUCUACGCUGACUCCGAGAACGGCUUCUCGUACGACCUCAUCGUCGGGCCUCUGCCGCAGACGGGUCUGCCGUACCCUGGGGGCCUUGAUACCCACACGGGUUCUUGCCACUCCGUCGCGUUUGUUGCGCGAAACCGCUUCGCAUUGAUUGAGAAGGCAGGCGCCACCAGUCUCGGCGUCUACAACCUGGGCAACGAGCUGUGCAAGAAGGUGGAGCUGCCCUGCGCCGUCGACCGUCUCUUCUUCGCUGGGAACAACCGUCUGAUUCUCAAGUCCGAUGACAAGCUCCGUCUCUUCGAGGUGCCGACGCGGCGCGUGUACCCAGAAGUCCAGUGCGGAGUGGGCGGUGGCGUCCGCUCGGUCCUGCUGUCGCCCACUGCGGCGCACUUGAUGGUUGUCUCCAAGCACGCGCUGAUGCUCCUUCGGCUCCUUCCCGCGGAGGCCGCGUGCGCCGAAGCUGGCGCAGGCGGCUUCGAGGUCGUCUGCGCCAUUCACGAGAACAUCCGCAUCAAGGGUGGAGCCUGGGAUGAGGACAACGGCGCAUUCGUUUAUUCUACCUUGAGCCAUGUCAAGUACCUCCUCCCCAACGGCGACCGCGGCAUCAUCCACUGCUUGAACGAGCCUGUCUACAUCUUCAAGGUGCAGAGGGGAAUGUACUACUUCCUGGAUCGUCGGGCGGGCAUCCACGUGGAGCCUCUGAACUGCCAGGAGUACCUCUUCAAGCUCGCUCUGCAUCGCCGCGAGUUCGACAGAGUUGCGCUCUUCGUGCGGAAUGGGCAGCUCUGCGGAAAUUCGCUGAUUGCGUAUCUGAAGAACAAAGGCUACCCAGGGGUUGCUCUCGAGUUCCUCACGGACAAGAAGGCGAGGUUCCACUUGGCGCUGGAGGUCGGAAGCAUGGAUGACGCGCUGGCUGCAGCUCAAGAAAUCAACGAUAAGAGUGCGUGGCAGCUGCUCGCGCGCGCGGCGCUGCAGCAGGGGCACCCGGCGCUGGUCGAGUGUGCGUACCAGAAGCUGAAGGAGUUCGAGAAGCUCUCGUUUCUGUACUUCAUCACGGGCAACACUGGCAAGCUGCGCAAGAUGCUGCGGAUCGCGGAACUCCGCAAAGACCCGAUGAGCAAGUUCCACAAUGCGCUGCUGCUGGGCGACGCCGAAGAGCGCGUUCAGGUGCUGGCUGAGGUUGGGCAACUCGCGCUCGCGGCGCUGACGGCCAAGACCUACGGCCUUUCGGCGCUCUACGACCAGCUCAAGGAGAGCGUCAAAGACAUGAGCAUCGACGCCUUCAUGCCCGCGGUGCCACAGCUCCUUAUGCCGCCCAUCCCCAUUCUCCGGUGCACUGAAGCAGAGACGUCUGCCUGGCCGCCAGCUGUCUCUGAAGGCGCCUCGGUCUUUGACAACGCGAUGAAGGCGACGGCGGGCAUGAAGCCGGAGGUCGCGGGGGCGCGCCUGUAUAAAGAGAUCGUCGACGGCGCGCCGCCUGCGGCUGCGGCGGCGACUGCGCCGGGGGCGUGGGGAGACGCCAUGGGCGGCGGCGACGGCCUCGCAGAGGACUUCGACGCGGAGGGCGUCGCGGCGGAGGAUUGGAGCGACGGCAUCGAUCUGCCGCCUGACGACGCGGCGCCGGGGGCCGCUGUGCAUGGUCUGGGCGGAGACGCGCGGGAGCGGCAUGGGUCUGAAGACGGUCGAGACGGCUCCGCUGCUGUAGGCGCGUUCGUUGCGAAGCGCGAUCCGCCGCAGGCGAUGUGGCUCAAGGGUGGACAGCCGCUGGUGGCAGACUUUGUCGCCGCAGGCGAGUUCCAACUCGCUCUCGAGACGCUGCAGAGGCGUAUGGCGCUUCGCAACGGCGCUCCACUUAUGCCUCUCUUUGCGAGAGCGCACCAAGCCGCCUGGGCUGCGCUUCCCGGACUACCAUUCGCGCCCGCGCUCUCGCUCGCCCUCAGUGACCCAGUCGCGCCCCACGGCGGCCUGAAGCCUCACCGGCUCUUCGGCUCCAACAGCCUCAUGGAGGAGCUGCGCGAGGCGCACAAGCUCGUCACAGCUGGGAGAUUUCAGGAGGCGCUCAGCGCCUUCCGCUACGUUCUUCAUUCCGUUCCACUCGCGGUGGCCUGCAACGCCGAAGAAGAGCAGCAGAUCCACGAGUUCAUUGACAUUGCGCGGCACUAUGUCACUGGCAUGAUCCUCGAAAUGGCGCGCCUGGGAUUGGACGACUCGAACCCAGCCCGAAACAUCGAAUUGGUAGCGUACUUCGCGUGCUGCAAGAUGCAAGUCUCUCAUCUCUUCCUAGUCCUCCGCCGCGCCAUGAGUGUCGCGUGGAAGGCGCAGAACUACGUCACAACUGCAGCGUUUGCGCGGCGUCUGGUCAACGGGAACUUCGUGGCCAUCAAGGGUGCGCAGGAGGAAAUCGCAAAGGCGAAGAAAGUGCUCAUGCUCUGCGAGCAGAAGGGCACGGACGCGUAUCAAAUCAACUUCGAGCCCAGCGAGUGUGAGAACCUGCUCCUCUGUACUCAGACUCUCACGCGCCUCAUUCCUGGAACGGCGACGACGCGGUGCCCGUUCUGUAACGCAGUCGCUAAGGCGGAGUUCGCGGGUCAGCUGUGCCCGGUUUGCGAGCUAUCGGAGCUUGGAGCUCGGGUGAGUCGUGCUGCUGCAGAACACAAGUCCUCCGGCGGAUGA